AUGCGGUUGCUGUCAACUGGAAUGCUGGACUUCUCUGAGUAUGCUGUUAGACACCAGUCACAUAGAGAGACUGUUUUUGGCGGAGGCUCUACAGCUUCUGCGGUCUACUUCUUCCUUUUCUUUGGGGGCUGGAGUGCUUCCUCAUCUUCAUCCUCCUCCUCCUCAUUAUCCUCUUCCUCUACCACUUCUUCAUCCUCUUCUCCACCGUCGUCAUCAUCAUCGUCAUCUUCGUCAUCAUCAUCGUCAUCGUCUUGGUCAUCACCAUCUUCUUCUUCGUCAUCCUCUUCCUCGUCCCCGUUCUCCUCUGCUCCACCUGCCCCGCCAUCUGAACCCUUCUUCGAGUUACUCUUAUUGUUGUUGGGGUUGCUACCAUAUUCUCCUACAUCUUCAGAUGACAAGUCCUCUUCGCCUCCUUCAAGUCCACCAUCACCAUCAUUGUCAUCUUCCCCAUCAUCAUCAUCAUUCCCGUCAUCUCCAUCAGCAUCAACUGGCUUGUCUUGGUUUUGAGUGUUUUGAUCUCCUUUGAUAUGAGGAUCCUGAAGCUGUGAUCGAUAGCAGGUCAAG